CGGCAGAAGAAUUUCAAGUAUCGUCUUACACUUUUGGCUGCUGGGAUCACGUUGACGUCAUCCCGCAGCAAGAUCCAUACGUGAUCUUAUUGGUGUUUUUUAUUCAUUUAGCCCAAGCCCUGUCGAUCCUUUCACCAAUUUAGCGUGAGUUUGUGGUUGUUAUUUUUAGAUAAUGUUUUGUUAGUGUUCUUCUCAUUGAUCCAUCACAGUUUAUAUACGCAUAGAGAGGUGGCUUUGCAAGCCCGCGCUAGAUUUUCU